UGUCAGUGUCAUUUGAGGUUCGCAAUUUCUUCUACAGAUUUUGUGAGAUAGCCUUGAAAAAAAAUCAGUUUUAUGUGUUUGAAUAUUCUAAUGCCUCGUUGAUGGAUGAAUAUUGAUUCGAAAUAGUUUCUUUUGAUAUUGAAAUGAAAACAAUGUGUAAAUAUUUCCACUCAUGCAAACCUGUCAAGUAUUUUCGUUUUUAUGAUUAAAGUAAUGCCAAUUGUCCAAGGAAACAGUGCAUAAUGUAGUUAAACCCUAGAAGUUUUUACUGAACGGGUGGUUGACUUUUAUUACAUUUGACCAAGGACAUGUACAUAAUAAAUCAUCGUCACUCACGCCAUUCGUCAAUAUCUGUAAGCUCCAGAACAUGCUCUCCUGCUGGCGAUGAAUACCUGACCAAACCAUGGAGAAUCGUGGUGGAUGGGGUGAUGGCGUAUCAGGUGCUGCUGGAAAUCUUACAGAUGAUUCGCAGGUGGAUCACGAUCGAGUACGGAAGGAGUUUUAUGCCACCUACGACGUCAUGACGGGUGUGCGCAUAGCCGCCACGCUCGGCGGCUUUUUCGCGUUAAUGGUUUUUUUGAUCGUCUACAAAAGCCGAAGUAAAUCGGUGAAGGCUUUGAACGAUCCAAAACUUGUCGAACUAGCAGAAGCCGUUGUAGCCGAGGAACAAGCAGUUGAAGAAGAAAAACAACUUGCAGCUGCUCUGGAAGAAGCGCUAUCGGAGCGAGCGCGAUCGCGUCCUUCGAUUGGCGAAGAACCACCAUGGCCACGGACCUCUCGUUUUGCAUCGUAUGGCGGUGGUUACGGUAGCCUAUUGACACCUCCACGACGGCUUUCUACAGCCCGUGGUGAGUCUCUUCCUGGAUCUGCGCUGCGAUUCGCAGAGCGUCGCGCAUCUGGAGGACCACGCGACCGUCGGCUGAGUUCCGCCACUUGCUCCAGUUCCGGAAGUUCAUAUCUAGAACGACGAGGGUCUUCAGUGGUCUGUGCAUUGCCAGAAAGGCGUUUGUCUCCUUGCCCAAGUGAGCGUCUAGCUCCAUUGGCUUCAGUUGGUAGCGUAGGAACGUCCUUCGCUGUGGAAUGUGAAUUAGUGUCUGUUGGUGCGGACUCUGUGUUCGCUGAGGACGAUGACUCCACCGAUGAUGAGGUGGAACAGUUUUCGACUGACAGCGGUGGAGGUGAGCACGGGGUGGGUGGCGAGAGCACUGAGCUCUCAAGCCGGCCUGCGCCACCGCUUCGCAUUGACCGAGUGUCACAAUCGCGGGAAACGUUGUUUUAGUCGCCGUCGUAACUCGUUGGCCGUUGAUGUUACUCGCACAUUAAAAUAUCGACUUUUCAAUAAAGGUUAAUGAUUUUUAUUAUAAAUGUGGUUUUGUAACAUAUCACAAAGACCUUGCAAAUUAUGACAUAUCAUUUUAAAUUGACCAAAUUGACACAUUUAUUUAUAUGGAAACUAUUACAAUUAGUGUGUGUUUAUGUACCUAACCUAACGGGUCUGACAUGAUUGUAACAUUUGUAACUAUGUAACUUAUUUAUUUCGUUAGGUUUAUGAAAUUUACUUAAGAAAGGCACACCCAGAAGAACUUCCUUGUGAAAUUGUCGAUAUUUUAAUAUGUAACAUAGAAUGUAAAUAGUUUGUUUUUGUUAUUAAUUGAUGUUUCACGUUGAUGUUUUCAGACCAUGAUACAGUUACGAAUUUUCAUUAAUGCAAGUAGCUGACCAAAUAUAUUUUUGCUCAUGUAUUGUUUCGCUACCUAACGGUUUAUCGGUAUCGGUGCCAGUUGCUAGUUGACCUACCUGUAUAAAGAUUACACGAGUAACGAAACUGACUUAGUCACCAUUUAGUGUUCCUUGUAAGUGUAUGAUACGUACCUAGGUAAGGUAAAGAUCUGCCGAAUUAGUCGUUUAUAGGCACUUUAAUGUACUUAUUUACUUACCAUGACUAGUCGUUAAAUAGUUUUCGAAGAUUUGUCUGAUAUUGGCCAAUCUAUUUACAAUAUUUUCAAUUCUUCGUCGGGCUACUCAGAACGACUCGACUGUUUUAUCUUUACUAAUUCUGCAUUGCUACUGUGUGCCAAGAGUAGACGUGUCGUUGUCAAAUGUCACUGCUGCGACCCGCCCCUUUUGUGGUAGGUCGUUAAAUAUUUUGUAAAUUGGGUUCAUGACGGACUUUGCAUUUAAAUAUUGAAUUGUUAGAAAUUCAGCACUAUUUCAUGCGCUAUUCCACAAAGUCUUUUAAAAGAUAUAAAUCUUCAAAUUACAUGCAUUUUAAUGAUUGUCAGUGUACUACUACCUGCCAAGCCCAACUCCGUGAGAUAUUACUCUUUCCUAAUUGCCCAAACACGUUAUAAGAAACCAAUCUCUCGGCUACAGCCGACGUAAGCACACGCUGAAUUAAUUUGGGAUAUUAUUAAAAUAAAAAUAAGGAGGCAGUGACAUUGCCGUAAGUGGCACAUUUUUGAUUGAACAUGUCUGUAAUAAAAUGUACUUAGAUAGAUACUAACUUGUUAGGAUAGUUGUCAGUAAAAAAGUCAAUUUGAAAAUGUGUAAUUGUAUUAUAUUUAGUAUUGUUCGUAACUACCCUUAAAAUUUAAAGGGCUUAUAAGACCAAUUCGUCCUUUGAACAAUAAAAACGCUAGAAGCGGCCUAAAAUUUGCUCGAACCAAUCUCACAUUUCCAGAUAAACUGCCACUAUUCUUGUUUAGUAACAAAUGUUAGCGGACACUAGAGUUUUAUUGAUUCUAGUGUACUGCUGACAUCGCCACGCGCGGUUCGAUUUGAGGUAGAUUACCUACACACUAAGUCGUUUUUAUUACAAUUUAGAUUUACGUGUUAGUUUAUGUAACUGUUCGUUGCUCGAAUUAAAAAGAGCUCCCGGUAGCCUGUAAAAUGUUGAAAUGUAUGUAAAAAAAUGUAAAUAUAAAACGCAAGUCA